AUGUACAAGAAAACGCCGCCGUCUGAGAACCGGCAGAACGUCCACCAGUAUGCCAAGAACGGACAGAUCGACAAGAUCCUCGAAAUGAUGGAGAAAGUGCGUGCGGUGGGAAGGGUCGCUGAGCACGUGCUGGACGAGCGCGACGGCCUCAUGGGCGCCACGCCGCUGCACUUCGCAGCCGAAGCCGACCAGACGGAGGUGGUGCGCUUCCUCCUGGACCGGGGGGCUCCUGUCGAGGCGCGCGACAGCUACGGUCUCGCCCCGAUCCACUCCGCGGCCUCCAAGGGCAACACAGAGUGCGUCAAGAUGAUCGCGGGGCAGGGCGCGUCGCCGUCCUGCGCGGACCGCAACGGCGACACCCCGCUCCACUACGCCGCUACCAUGGACGGCGGAACGCACGGGCCGGAGAAAGUGCAGCGCCACGUCGACACGUGCGCCCUGCUGCUCAAGCUCGGGUGCUCGAUCGACGCCCCGAACAAAAAGGGCUGGACCGCGACGCACAGGGCGGCGUUCAACGGGCGCACGGAGGUGCUGCAGCUGCUGCUGAACCGCGGGGCAAACCCUUCUUCCGUCAAUGACGAGGGCAACACCCCGUUGCACCUGGCGUGCAUGGGCAACCGGAUCGACUGCGCGCAGAUGCUGAUCGCGGCCGGGAGCCGCCCGAACCUCGCCAACGCCCACGGCCGCAUCCCGUCGGAGGUCACGAAGAACCAGGGCCUCAAGAUGCUCCUCGAGCGCGCGGACGAGCUCAACCGCAGCCGCCGCAAGGACGUGCGUACAAUCUACGCCCAGCCUACGCUGCCGCAAAAGGCCCUCCGCGACCUCCACGACGAGGCCGAGAGCGGCUCGGAGCCCGCGACGCCGGCCACGCCCACGCCCGCGCCCGCGCCCGCGCCGGCGGCCUCGAAGACGGGGAUGCUGGCCGCGGGCGGCGACAGCAAGAAGAAGUCCGCGUUGGAGCUCGAGUUGGAGCAAGCAGGGCCGGAGGGGAGGGAGCUGUUCGGGCGGAUGCGCGCGACGUCGCUCAAGCGCAUGGCGUCGAACAUCUCGAAGAAGGUCAUCGAGGACGUCCCCUUGCCGGGCGUAGAGAGGGAGACGGCGGAGGAGGAGCUCGCGAAGCUGUCGCUGGACCAGGCACUGGUGACGGACGCGGACGGGUUCCCCGCCGAGCCUGACGGGCUCGCGGGCUGGAGCCAGCAGGACUUGUGA